GAACUUUUUAAAAAGAGAAAAAAGCCAUGUAGGAUCAGAUUCUAAUUUCACGGGAUGCGGAUUCUCUAAUAGGACCCAACAUCAGUUCCCUUUUCCUUAUAAAGACACGUUUUCUGGAAAAUCGCAGUUUCCAAAGCAUCGAAUUAUCUCAAUUUACUAUAAAUUGCAUGUAGGAUGCCUUAAUCGGAAUCCCAUUUUUUUAUUAAAUAAAAGGAUCUCCAGCAAAAUACGAAGCUCAGUCGGUGCUCGAAAUUCUCUAAUCUGAAAGGCGUCUGCAUUGGAGAUUUUGAUUGUUAAAUUGUGCUUCACUUUCUGUGAGGAUGCUUAAGAUCCCUCCCCACCAAGUUGCAGGGCACAAAGCAGGCAAUGGGAAGCUUGGUCCACUUGUGGAUGAAUCAGGACGUUUCUACAAACCUCUCCAAGGCGAUGAACGAGGGUCCAAUGAGCUCAAAUUCUACACAUCAUUCUCUUCUGACAGUAGGAUUCCAGAACACAUCUCCAAAUUCUUCCCUACCUUUUUUGGCACUCAGCUCAUAGAGGCAUCUGAUGGAUCUGGUUUGAAACCCCACUUAGUUUUAGAGGAUCUCUCUGUUGGUCGAGACAAUCCAUCAAUUGUUGAUAUAAAAAUGGGUUCAAGAACCUGGGCACCGGAAGCAUCUGAGGAGUACAUCCAGAAGUGCUUGAAAAAAGAUAGAGAGACAUCGAGCCUUCCCUUAGGAUUCAGGUUAUCAGGGAUACAAAUAUAUGGAAACAAAGAAUCAGGUUACUGGAAACCUGAAAGGACUUCCGUGCAGAACCUUCCUGCAGAGGAAGUCAAGUUAAUCCUGAAAAGGUUUGUUUCUUCUAACACAUCGACUGACAUGGACAUGCAACCAGAUUGUGCUUUUGCAGCAACUGUUUAUGGCGGUUCUACUGGCAUUUUAUCGCAGCUACUAGAGAUGAAAGCAUGGUUCGAGGAUCAAACAAUGUACCAUUUUUAUUCUUGCUCAAUUCUGAUAAUGUUUGAAAAGGGACUUGCAUUGGAAGGACAGAAUCCAGGUGGACAAAUCAAGUUAAUUGAUUUUGCUCAUGUUAUUGAAGGAAGAGGCGUAAUUGAUCAUAACUUCUUAGGGGGUCUCUGCUCUUUGAUCAAGUUCAUAUCUGAAAUUCUUACUGCUCCAAGUGAACACAAGAGCCUUGUUUCCUCUGUUAAUGGUGUCAACUAAUUUAGCUAGUUGCAAAUUGCUAAAUUCUUUUUGUAGGUAGUUUUAUUCUGGGAUGGUGUUAACCCAAUUGUUAAUCUUUACUGCACCCAACAGAAUAAGAUAUUCUCAACUUUACUUUUUCAAAAGCUGUACUUGUAGAAGUGUAGUUGAUACAAUUAUCAUUUUACCUUACACACGUCUUCGACUAAAUGAGUGAAUGGGAUUAUUCUUAAAUUA